AUGUUUGAAGGCUACUGUUCCACAACGCUAAAGGAGCGGUUGUUCGCUCAUGUGAUGCGACAAUCCGGAGAUUUCCACGAUAAUAAAGAGCUAGAUGGACUUAAUGGAGGGCUUGAUCUUCAUUUUCUCAUAAAAAUGAUUAUCGACAUGAUAUCAACGGCAAUAGAUCUGACAUUAGCAGCGGGAUACCUUACAGCAAUCUUGGGCCCUCAUACGACCGUUAUUAUAUUCGUCAUUUUGGCACUUUAUACUUUCAUUUCUCAAAAACUAUUUCUGGCUGAGCUAUAUAUUCAAAAUAGUGCUGUCUUGAAUGAGUUUCGUAUCCGAUCCGCUGCCAUUAAUCUCUGGAGAACUGUCGCAUAUAAUAACGGAAUUCAAUUUGAGAUUGAGCGUUAUCUCAGCACGGUGAGGGAAGCCUUGAAGAUACAAACCAAGAAAGCAUAUCGCUCUAAUGUUGAAUCUCUGCAAAUGGGGUUGAUCUCUUCUGGCGCAAAAGCACUAGCGCAGUAUUGCAUGGUGUAUCAGAUUAUUCAAGGUCGAGCAAGCCCUUCUGACUUUAUUAUAUUUAUAUCAUAUUGGGACAAAGUCAACAACUCCUUCACUUGGCUAUUUAGAACGAUUAAACAUGUACCAAAUAGCUUUUCUCGGAUUAAAUGGCUGACCAUUGCUCUGCGUCACACACCAGCUGUGCCACAUCGUCCCAAUGCGAAACGUCUAGAAAAAUGCGAUGGCCAAAUCGAAUUUGAAAACGUUUCCUUUGGAUUCGGAGAUGCUAAAUUGAUCCUUGAUGAUGUCAGCUUUUCAGUGAAACCAGGAGAAUUUGUCGCUAUUGUAGGACGUACGGGCGCAGGGAAAUCGACAAUAUUUAAUCUCCUUACUCUGUUAUAUCCACCUCGAAAUGGAUCUGUUUACAUUGACAAUCAUAAUAUUCACGAUUCAGCUGUUGAUGAUGUCCGAAAAUACAUAGCAAUUGUCCCUCAAUCACCUGAACUUUUUCCUGGCUCCAUUAUGUAUAACCUGAAAUAUGCUAAUAAUCAGGCAUCUGAUGGCGACGUAAGGAAGAUAUGUGAGAUGGUGGGUUUGGAUAAAGAAAUUACUGAAUCCAUGGGAGGUUAUGACGCUCAGGUUGGCCAGCGAGGAGAAAAGCUCUCUGGAGGCCAAAGGCAACGUAUGGCUUUGGCAAAAGCCUCUCUAAAGUCAGCACCGAUUGUACUAUUGGAUGAGCCAUUUAGCUCGCUGGACGCGGAUACCUCGAAGAAAAUCCGCGAUCAUAAUCUCUGGCAUAGAGCAACAUGCCUCAUGAUUACACAUAAACUCUCGGAAGUCAAAGGGGCAUCACGAAUAAUUGUGUUGGACAAUGGAAAAAUUGUCGAAAACGAUAGUCAUGAGCGGCUGAUGAACAAGCGCGGUAGGUAUUAUGAACUUUGGUUAGCUCAGAGCGAUGAGAUACCAAGAGCACGCGAUUGUCUUGGCUAA